CAGGGUUUGUUGAGUCACAAUAUCAGUUUCAGCUCUGGCUCCUCUUGAGCCGCAAUAAAAGGCAUAUAAAGUGGGGCUUUUUUGUGUGUCUCAUAAAACAUGAUGCUUUCAGCCACAAGGUUUGUGAACUUUGCAGUGGCAAACCUGUGCCUCACUGUGUGUGUUCUUUGGGUGCUGGAUGAAAUGGUGUUUCAAAAGAUGUCUGACCCAGAACACGCUUUGUGGAAGUAUCCAGUGUUGAUUAUUUCCCCAGUUUUGCUCAUGUUGCCCUCAUUUGUCAUGAGCUACAAGCUGCUGACCAGUGUUCACCAGCAGAACCCUGGGAGACAGGCUACAGAGUUGCCACCAAGUUACAGCACAGCAGUCAUCAUGCAUCCACCCAGUGUCAAAGAAGAUGAGCCACCAUGUUAUGAAAUUGCUGUCCUAAAUGAGGAAGAAACCCAGGAUACAUCACUACAACAACCUGUGUGAUGAUGGCCAAAGUGAAGUUUUCUCCUUUAUUUUGCAUGUUUGUUACCACAGAGGAAACUCCUCAAAAGACUGAUCUGAUUUCAUUGGCCAGGAUGAAACAAAUGCAAGCUUGCAUGAGCUUUCAAAAA